UCCACUGAUUGCUUCACAAAGUGCACAGCUUCAUCACACUGACAGCUCUAAGAGAUAUCAACUCUCUCUCCAGGGGAUAAAACCUGCUCAAAACUAAUUGUUCCAACGAGCAUGUCCAGAGCCAGGCUGUGGACACACUUUGAAGGCAACUCAGCUACCUUUACCAGGACACAGUGUGUAUGACACCUCCAAGAAGGUAUAUGGCCCCUUUCACCCCUACACUAGCAGCCACCUAAUUCUGGGAUGACACUUGUGGAUCAACUCGUCGCUGGAUACAUAGUAGCUAAGGAAUAGACUUUGUUUUCUGUGUUCUAAGAUCCGUCGAUAAAGAGGGAGAGCUGCUGGGGUCCCACCUGAAGCUCUGGAUGAACGAUGCUUGGAUCUAGCUGUGGACUGUAGAAGACUCCUGUGGUCAUUUUCCAAACAUGAUGUCCCAGUGGAUUAUGCUGCUAAUCGCAGUAGCUGUUGACUUGUUAUUUGCUGAUUCUCUUGCCUCAAGCGAUUGUUUACAAGCGGAGAAGCUUUGCCUGGAGGACGAGCCGUGUAAUUCCAGUUACCAUGAUUUGAAGCACUGUUCACAUGUCAGUACAGCCGAACCAGUCAAUAAAACCCGAUGUCUUCAAGCAGAGGUGGCCCUGAAACAGUACCCCUUGGUGGGCUGCAAGUGCAAGCGCCGCAUGAAGAGAGAAGAGCACUGCUUGAACGUGUACUGGGCAGUAAACUCAGUUAAUGUACAAGGUUUCCGAGAUUUAGGGGAUUCUCCUUAUGAUGACAUUGAUGUUGAUAUGACUACCGAAUACCUUGACAUGGAAAAAUUGCUUACCGCUCAGGAAAAGAAGAUUGAAUCUACAAACGACUGUGUGCAUCAAACUAACACGUGUAGUUUUAAUGAAAAAUGCAGCAAACACAAGAACGCUUAUGUACUACAGUGCAGAGCAACAAACUACGGGGAAAUCUGUGAGCGGCGGAAAUGUCACCAGUUGCUGCGUCAGUUUUUCAAAAAAAUUCCAGUGGAGUUUACAAAACGAAUGCUUUUUUGCCAAUGUACCGAUAACAAGUGUGGAGAACGCAGACGCAAAACUAUAGUACCGGAGUGUUCUUUCGAGGAGGCCUCCAAACCAAACUGCCUACAGCUACAUUACUCCUGUAUCAACGACAAUCUUUGCAAAUCACGUUUGGCAGAUUUCCAGAAACAUUGCCACCCAUUUGAUAAAAGGACAACAAGCUGCCCGAGUGAUGAUUUGUGCUUACAAGCUUACAUAAGGAUGAUUGGUACCAUAAUGACCCCAAAUUUUAUCACCAACUCAAGCAUGGCUUUGUCUCUUUGGUGUACUUGUGAAAGCAGUGGGAACCAGAAUGAUGACUGCAAGGCAAUCCACGGAAUGUUCGCGGGCAGCACGUGUCUCAGAAAUUUGAUCAAGUCUGAGUUUGGAGGAAAUAUUGAAUUGGAUACAACGUUGACAAUUUCCAGGAUUGAACAUACAGACGAUACAAAUUUCUCAGCCCUCUCUAGAACUAAUAAGGUUGGUGAAAAGAAUCAGCUGCCAAAUAACUCCGGGAAUCAAGAGAGAGACAUUGCUAACCAAUCCAGUGGUACCGGGACCAGCGUAUCAUUCUCAGCUUUGGCUUUAACACUCUUCAGUUCCGCAUCGCUUUGGAUCUUAGAUAUGGUUUUCUUCAUUUAAGCCAGAAGUUUAGAGUGCCUACCCUGAAAUGCCACUAUCACACACAAUUCACAGAUUUAUGGUUCCAUCUGGUUAACAGGAAACUGUACAUUUAAUUCAAUAGGCCCACUGCACUGUAUGUACAAAUGUAUUCCUAAGACUUGGAGAGACUGACUGCAAGGCCAAAGAGAAGAUACAUGGAUAUUCGGAAAAAUUGGACUAUGAUAUCAUACAUGGUUAGAUGUCGAUAUGGAUUUUUUCCUAAGCUUUCGGAAUAUGAGACUAUAUUUCUGUGCAGUGGGUUUGCAGACUGAACUUAAUAUACGGGAGUUAGGAUGUAGCUAUUGGUGAGUUACAUAAGAGAUAAACAGAUAUAUUUUGGAGAUAAAUGUGUCAUUCCAUUCAAUGGACUAAGGUCAUGGUGAGUUAAUAUGCCAAACAUCAGAAAAUGCUCACUUAUUUCUUCUUAGCCAAACUCGGAUGGCUGUUUGAUGCCAAAUUUGGAGACAGUAGUACAUAUAAUGUCUGCUGUAAAAGCACUGUUGCUAACAAGAUCAUGCUUUAACAUUGUAUCUGUUCAUAGCAAC